AUGGGUGUGAAUGAUAAAAAUGAGGCCUAUAUUGUUGAUGACUUGAGUGGGUCCAGAUUUUUUCUGACUUCACCUGGCAUUCGAGGCAUUUCUGGGACAGUUUCUUUUGAAUCUGAAAUGAAUCCAAAAUAUUUUUUGAGACAUUAUGGCUACAAUUUGCUCCUGAGUCCAUACGAAGAAACGAAUAUUUUUUUGGAAGAUGCUACAUUUUGGCCAAGAAAAGAUAUGUUCUUCCAGAACUACACUGUUUAUGAAUCAUACAAUUUGCCGAAUCAUUAUAUACGACAUCAAGCAUACAGACUAAAAAUUUCCCAAGAAGAUAAUACAGACCGCCUACAUCAGGAUUCAAGUUUCAAAGAGUCUACUGUACUUGGAGAAUUUGAUUGCAAUUUUGAACAAACUAUUUGUGGUUGGUUAAAUUCAAGGGAUGAUGAUAUUGAUUGGACUCGACACUUUGGUGCAACUACCACUGAAUAUACUGGACCAGAACAUGACCACACUGUUGGAAAUGUCUGUUACAAUAGGGUGGAAAAUAUGAACUCAAUGUAUGGACUGAUCGAUCAUCCAAACAAUGUCAAACCACCAGACACCUUUUAUUUUGGGACGUUUACUGAAGAUGAUGAAGAUCUUUGUGCAGCAGAAUGUGGCAUUCAACCAUUGUGUGCUGCUUAUUCAUAUGCAACAAACUCGGGAAGUUCACUUUGGGAUAAUGCUUGUAUUGGAAGAUCUGACAAUCCGGAUUUGAGAGUUCCUGAGUCAAACCACGUCAGUGGGUUCAAAAUAGAUUGUGUUGGGGGUUAUUACAUGUAUAUGGAAAGUUCCCCUCCCAAUGUACCUAAUGACAUCGCAUGGUUUGUCAGUCCACCACUACUAACUACAGGUCCUAUCUGUUUUCGAUUUUGGUAUUUGAUGCAUGGUUCUGAGGUCAACUAUUUAAGGGUUUAUGUAAAAACGGAAGAUACUCUUAGAGAUCCUGUUUGGGCUCGUCAUGGAACUCAGGGAAAAUACUGGCUUCCUGCUAUGAUAAAUGUCAACACCAGAUCUGAAUUCCAUAUCGUAUUUGAAGGGACUUUGGGUGGAUAUCAUAUGUCUGAUAUUGCUAUUGAUGAUGUUUCUAAAACUGAUGGAACAUGUCCUGAGAAUGCUGCUUUUUGUGAUUUUGAAAGAAAUGAUUUUUGUGGCUGGGAAACAGAUAGUAGUGGAGAUUUCUUAUGGAGUUGGUCGACCCUCACAACGACAUCACUGGACACAGGGCCUGAAUAUGAUCAUUCUUUACAAACUGCAUAUGGUCAUUAUCUCUAUAUUGAGUCAUCCAGUCCAAGGGUUGCUGGUGACAAAGCACGACUUUAUUCACCCGAAUUUCCUGGCCCAGAUCAGGCGACAACAAAAUGUUUGCAAUUUUAUCAUCAUAUGUAUGGCUCAACAAUUGGGGAUCUUUCUGUUCACAUUGCACAUGGUGUUGCAGCUGGCCCAGCAAUAUGGCACAAGUCUGGCAAUCAAGGCAAUAUAUGGCUGUUAGGACAAGCUGAGAUUCAUUUUGAUGGACCUGCAGAUCCAUACAGAAUUAUGUUUGAAGGAACAGUGGGCACAAGUUUUUAUGGUGACAUUGCAAUCGAUGAUGUUCUCAUAUUGAAUCAAGCUUGCAACAUUCUUUGUGAUUUUGACCACGCUACUCCAUGCAUCUGGUACAAUGACAAAGCAUUCGACGAUUUCGAUUGGUCUGAACUACGCGGUAAAACACUUGAUCCGGAACUUGGACCAACUAUUGAUGCGACAACUAGUACUGAUAAAGGUUAUUUCCUAUACCUCGAUCAAACUGGACGAAAAGUGAAUGACAAAGCAUGGUGGGUCAGUGAAACAUUAUCUAGUUCAAGUCCUCAGAAAUGCUUGCAAUUUUCUUAUUACAUGGCUGGAGAUGAUGCUGGUACUUUGCAAGUUUCAGAACAAAGCGUUAACACAGGAUUUAUAUAUUAUCAUUGGAGACUAAUAGGAUCUCAAGGAAAUAUUUGGAAAAGUGCAUCUGUCUCCAUCUCUGGAACAAAUCAUAGGAGAUAUAUUAUUGAAGGUGUUAUUAACAGUGAUGGAGUUCAAGGAUCAAUUGCUCUUGAUGAUAUAAAGUUUACAACUACAUCUUGUUCUCUCUCGCCUUCAUCUGCUCAAGUAACUGGUCAACCUCAAACCACACCAGAACCCGUAGUCACACCAUCUCCCAUACAAUAUGGCUCAUCUAACUGCACUUUUGAGCAAGAUACCUGUAAUUGGAUUGGUGACCCUACUGCAGAUUUAGUAUGGACGAGAAAUAAAGGUCCAGGUACGACAACUGGUACAGGACCAACAGAUGACCACACUCAGGGAAAUGAAAACGGUUAUUAUAUGUAUGUUGAAUCAUCGCCACCAGCUCAACCAGGUCAAAAGGCUCGUAUUGUUGGGCCUCUGAUACAAUCCAAUGGUGUAACCAAUGUCAAAUGUUUUACAUUCUGGUACCAUAUGUAUGGUAGAGACAUGGGUACUCUUGCUGUAUAUAUGAAGACAAGACCAUAUGUUGCCAAUCCAACUUGGGCUCGAAAAGGUCAUCAGAGCAAUAGAUGGCAAAUUGCAAUGAUAGAAAUUGCUACUGAUGUUGAUUACCAGGUAUUUUUUAUCCUAUCAUCAAUGUGA